AUGAAUCUGGAAACAACAUAUAUUGUUUUACUAAUUUAUCAAUUGCUAAAUUUUUCUCUUUCUAAAAGUUAUUUUUCUCCAAUAGGUGAAGUAUCAGGAAGAACUUUUUGUUAUCGCAUACCAGAAAAAAAUGUUAAAGUCGUACUUACCAAAACAAAUUUUUUUAGAAUAAGAAAAACAAUUGCUGUAACACAAUCUUCAGCAACUGGUAUUUUUUAUUUUCGAGUACCAUUAAAUUAUUUAACAGGUGCAAUUCUUAAAUUAUCAUUUAAUUGUGGUGAUCCUAAACCAAUGUGCUAUUAUACUGCUUGGAUUCCAGUUAACAGCCAAUAUAAUAGACAAAACAAACUUGCUUCAAAAAAUUUUUUCCUUGGAAAUAUUGAAUUAAGUGCUCAAUACGAUGCGAAAAGAAAAUUUUGCGGAAGAAAAUCGUUAAAAAGAUUUAAAUAA